AUGGCCUUAUUCAGCGACUCCUCCUGCGCCUUUGCCUGUACCGUAACCUGCUCCAACGCGGCAUCAUGCUCGGCCCUGAGGCGCAUGGCCUGGUUCUCCAGCGCGGCGGCCUGGCCCUUGCGUAGGGACUCGAGCUGUGCACGGGCGGCCUCGAGCGCGGUGGACGAGGAGUUUUUCGAGCGGGCGUCAGCCUCGACCUGGCGCAGCCUUCUCUCGGCGGCUUCCAUGGCGUCCUGCGCGGCCUUCUCGCUGGUCUCUAGCUGGCGUUGUUUGCUGCUCGCGGCCUGCAGCUUGGCCUCCGUGGCGGAGGCGUUGACCUUGAGCUCUUCGAGCUCGGCGUCGCGUUCCUUGAUGGUGGUCUUCAGCGUGCGCACGACCUUCUCCUUGUCCGCGAUCUUGAUGGACAGCUUCUCGCCCUCGUUCAGGAUGGCCGUGAUCUGCUUGUCCUUCUCCUUGACGAGCUCCGCAUCGCCCGCGCGCGAGUCGCGCACGCGGCGCAAUGAGUCGCGGUCGCGCGUGAGCGCGUACACCUUACGCUCACUGGUGACGACGCGCGACAGGGCAUCUUUGAGUUGGGCGCGCAACUCGGCGACAUCGACGUCGGCAUCGCUUGCAGCUUGCGGGCUGGGCACGGGACGUUUGAGGUCCCCUUCAGACUUGGCGUCCGGGCUGCCUUUCUGUUCGUCAGCGGGGUGCUGGUGGUCAUCGUGA